AUGUCUGAGCAACCCACCGAGCAAGCUGCUGCGCAGUCCAGCGAGCAGACUAAGAAUGUCAACUUCACCGAUGGCGAGAGCAAGCUCUUCGUGAGCAUCGUGUCCAACCUCACCGGAGACAUCCAGUUCGACGCCGACAAAGUCGCCGCAGAGCUCGGCUACAAGGACGGCAACAUCGUCAAGACGAGAUGGGGACAGAUAAAACGCAAGAGGCUAACUGGUGACAACGGCCCGGCUGGCGGUAUCAAGAAGCGUUCGCCGGCGAAGAAAGGCGCGAAGGCCAAGGCUGAGACCGAGGGCGAGGGUGGUGACGAUGAGGAGGCUGUCAAGACCCCGAAGAAGCGCGGUCGUAAGCCGAAGGCUGCGAAGGCUGAAGAGGAGACUCCGGUCAAGGACGAGGUUGUUGAUGAGGUUGCUGUGAUGGAGGGCGCUGACGAGGCGGAGACCCCAAACGAGUGA